GAAGCGAAGCCAGAGGUUUCUCGAAAAAAGGACACCGUCUCCAGGGCGAGGAAGCCGAACGCACCUUCUCCAAGCAUGGACACCCAGGGCUCGAGCGCAGUCACCUUUGCCUUGCUGUUCCUCCUCUGCUUCCAACACUCCAUGGCUCACCCCAUCGACAGCCUCAGCCCCGCCAAGGAGCUAGCCAGCAUGGAGGCCCUUCUGCAGAGGUUGGAGGAGAAAGUCUCUCUGAUGGAAGAACUGCAGAACAGCCCCAACCUAGAAGAUCCUGAGAUCCAGAGGGAGGGGCUGGCCGAGUUCCUGGAUGAUGGCGACAGCCAGCAAGUCGAGACCCCGGUUGAUUCUGCCCCGUUCCCCUCCGACCGCAGCGCCCUGCUUAAGCGCAUGCGGGGAAUCCAGACAGCGAAGAGCAUGAGAGAAUCCGGCUGUUUCGGGAGGAGACUGGACCGGAUCGGGUCCGUGACUGGGAUGGGAUGCAGAGGGACGAGGAGGAAUUAAGAUCUGCUUUCCUGCCAUCAGCUCACCCACCCUGCCCUAGAAAAGGGAUCCAGCCUUUUCGACGACAUGUGAAUUUCUGAAGACGUGUGCUUUCUCCAAAAAGUCCUCUGGAAUAAUGCUUCCCGCUUAUUUAUUUCUUAAUUUAUUGAUUUAUUUAUU